CCUAAAACGAGACGAGGUCUCGACGACGACUGUGACGGCGACGAUGGACCAGGCGAAUCAGCCGUGGCAGCGCUUCUUUGCCAGACAUGCACCUCCACCGCCCAAGGCAAAUGCGGGAUUCUUUCCCUCCCGACGCGGACAAGCUGGGCCUUCAGCAUCGUCCUCGGGCAGCAGUGGUGGGCACUUGUCGGCGGCGACGAUGACGAGCUCUCCGCGCAGAGCAAUGUCAGCUCGAAACCUGCGAGGAUCACGCGAAAAGGAUGCCGCACUCAAUUCCAAGGGUGCCGCCUCGCUUUUGCCAUCCUCGUCGAAUCGUGCUGUCAAGAACGAGGCAGAGUACGAGGAGUGCCGGCGAAGACUUCGGAGGCUGGUCCUCAUCGAGGGUGUUCCCACAGAUGAUUUCCGAGUGCCCGGCACAGAUCUGCCGUCGAGGCCUCUCGUGUGGAAGAUUCUGCUCGACGUUCGCAGCCUCGAUCCGGCCUGCUUCCUGUCACUGGUGGCAAGGGGACCCUCGCCUCUGCACGAUAAGAUUUCCAACGAUGCAUUUCGAACAUUGGCCACCGAUGCCAGCUUCAAGAAAAAGGUAGACGAGGCCAUGCUCAUCCGACUGCUUGAUUCCUUUGUCUGGCGGUAUUGGGACGAAUCAAACGAAGCCAGGCCACUUUUCAGCUACGUGCAAGGCAUGAAUGUCCUUGCGGCGCCAUUUCUGUACGUGAUGCCGUCCGAGGUCGAGGCGUUCGAGUGCUUUUGCACAUUCAUCGAAAAGUGCUGCCCGACGUACGUGCAGCCCACGCUCGCGGGUGUUCACCGUGGCCUGGAGCUCCUCGAUCGAUGUCUCCAGUCGGUAGACCCUUCUUUGUACAACCACCUGCGCUCCAAGAAUCUCACCUCGGAGCUGUAUGGCUUUGCCUCGGUCUUGACUCUGUGCGGGUGCACGCCACCCCUGACACAGACUCUGCAGCUCUGGGACUUUCUCUUGGCCUUUGGCGCCCACCUGUCGAUUGUCUGCAUCGUGGCACAGCUGCUGCUCAUCCGCGACGAGCUCGUAAGCAGCGCCCAGCCCAUGAAGCUCCUUCGCCAGUUUCCCGACCUGGACGCCAAGAGCGUCGUGGGCAUUGCAACCACGCUCGUCCGCGACCUCGACGACGACCUCUACGACGAACUCGUGACGCACAUGGUGGAGCUGUGAGCGGCAUGCUCGAUUAGAUCAGAGGCGAUGUUACAAGCAAGAUGUAUUACUAGUGACGACAAUGAUGACGAUGAUGACCUGCGCGAAUCUU